AAUAAGAGCCAAAGGAAUAGGCAUACACACCAACAUAGUAAUGGCCACUACUGCUAAAAAUCUCUUCACCUUUUUGCUCUCAUUUGCAUCUUUUCUCUUCUUCCUCAUACUGAGCUGCUCAGCAGAGAAAGGGAUUGCUUCCGAGUCACUCACCGAGUCGACCCACUUCCACACUGUUCCACUCACCUCUCUCUUCCCUACUACUCAUUGCCAUCAACCUCACACCACCCAUGCAUCAAAAGGUUUGAGGCGAGGGGCAUCGUUGAAGGUUGUCCACAAGCAUGGCGGCUGCUCAACAGGCAAGGACAAUACUCCAACUCUAACCGACAUUCUCAACCAGGACGAGUCGCGAGUCAACUCAAUACACGCUCGAGUCAACUCUGCCAGGAUCGAUAACCUUAACGCCGUGAGUGGAGUCGGGCGCAAGAAAAAAAUCCCGGAUUCCAAAGCCGCCGUUCCGGCUAAGUCCGGCACCACCCUCAGCACCGGCAACUACAUCGUCACCGUCGGCCUCGGCAACCCCACGAAGAGCCUCACCCUCGUCUUCGACACCGGCUCCGAUCUCACCUGGACUCAGUGCGAGCCCUGCGUCAAAACCUGCUAUACACAGCAAGAAACUAUCUUCAACCCCAAGCUCUCCACCACAUAUUCCAACAUAUCCUGCUCCGCCGCCGCCUGCUCCGGCCUCACCUCCGCCACCGGAAACAACCCCGGCUGCUCCUCCUCCACCUGCGUUUACGGGAUUCAGUACGGCGACUCCUCUUUUUCCGUCGGGUUUUUCGCCAAAGACCGUUUGAGUUUAACGGCAACAGACGCCGUUGAAGAUUUUCUGUUCGGGUGCGGGCAGAACAACCAGGGGCUUUUUGGGAAAACCGCCGGACUUCUCGGGCUCGGCCGCGACGCGCUCUCUUUAGUCUCCCAAACCGCCGCAAAAUACGGCAAAUAUUUCUCCUACUGUCUCCCCACCAAAAGAGGGGCUAACGGCCACUUAACGUUCGGUAAAGGCGGCGCCGCUCCGGUAAAAUACACGCCGUUCGCCACCGACCAGGGCGCGUCGUUCUACUUCAUUGACGUCCAGGCAAUCGCCGUCGGCGGGAAGCAGCUCUCGAUUAGCCCGGUGGUUUUCAAGAGCUCCGGGACCAUCAUCGACUCCGGCACCGUCAUAACCCGCCUUCCACCGGCGGCGUACUCCGCGCUCCGAUCCGCCUUCCGGCAAGGAAUGAGCAAGUACCCGCAGGCGCCAGCGUUGUCCAUACUGGACACGUGUUACGAUCUCAGCAAAUACACGACGGUGAGCGUACCCAAGAUAAGCUUCGUGCUGAACGGCGGCGUGACAAUGGAUCUGCCGCUGGUCGGAAUCCUGCUGGGCAAUGGCGCAUCGCAAGUUUGCUUGGCGUUCGCCGGAAACGGCGACGCUAGCGACGUGGGCAUUUUCGGAAACAUACAGCAGCAGACAUUCGAGGUGGUAUAUGACGUGGCAGGAGGGAAGCUGGGAAUUGGGGCUGGUGGCUGUUCUUAAUUAAUUAACUAUGCAUUAAAACAUUUGAAAUUUAGCAUUUAAUUGGAAAUGCAAUUUAGUAGAUGUGUGAUAGAAAUAACCAAAGGCUGAGAAAGGAAUUUCAGCUUGUAGAAGUAUAAAGUGAUUGAUGGAUGUUUGUGUGAGAACCAAAAACCCAAAGGUAAAUGUGUAGAAUACCAUUUACUUCAUCUUUAAUUUGAAUUUACAUACUAUUUGUUU